GAGAAAGUGAAAAUUGGGUAGGUGGAGAGUGGGUAUAUGAAGAGAUCACUAGAUCCACUUCGGCAUCUACCUUGUGCAGUUGUGCCCCUUAGCUUCUCCUAUCCAGUGGACGGAAAACGAUGUGCUCAUUGGAGAAGCGAGGAAGCAUCUUCAUCCUCACAUUAACCGGCAACGAUGAGCACCGAUUACACCCAACCCUCAUCGACUCCAUCACGUCCGCCGUCCGCCGCGUGCGCUCCGAAUCAACAGGGGCCUCCGCCCUGAUCACCACCGCGCACGGGAAGUUCUUCAGCAACGGAUACGAUCUGAAAUGGGCUUUGCAGGACGUAGAGAGCCGCGGUAAGAUCAUGUCAUCGAAGCUCCGCCUCCUCGUCGCCGACCUAAUCAGUCUCCCCAUGCCCACAAUCGCCGCCGUCACCGGCCACGCAUCCGCUGCCGGAUUCAUACUCGCGCUCUGCCACGACUACAUCCUGAUGAGACGGGAUCGAGGGGUUCUCUACAUGAGUGAGCUCGAUAUAGGUCUCAAGCUGUCGGCCUGGUUUUUUGCCGUUAUCAGAUGUAAAAUUGGGUCGCCGGCGGCCAGGCGCAGUGUUGCUCUGACAGCGGCAAAGCUGAACGCAGAUAUGGCGGUCCAGAAUGGAAUCGUUGAUUCAGUGCACAACAGCGCGGAGGAGACUGUAAGAGCUGCUCUGAAUUUAGGGGAAGAUUUAAUGAGAAGAAAUUGGGAUGGAAAGACAUAUGGUGAUAUAAGGAAAACUAUGUUUGCUGAAGUAUUGGAUUCGCUUGGCUCUGAUGAGACUGUCGGAGACUAUGGCGAAAAAGAAGCCGAGAAGACUAUAUCCCGGCUAUGAGUUAGCCUGUUCAUCGUUCCGGCUGAACUGCAACCAAAACCCACCGUACACUCUCGGGUUGUAAGGUAUUCACCAUAAAACAGAAUAUUUUAUCUUACAUGUAAUGAUAUUAUUAUGUUUAAAGAAACGCGUAUUAGAUGGCCAGAUAUAGCAUAUGAAAGAUGCAAAUUAUACUUCAUACUACAACGACGAUUAAAAUCAAAAGCCUUUUGUGUUGGGUUUUCCCUAGCGAGUUGUCUCGCGUAGGGUUUUUCUUCGCCGCCCUGGUGCGGUGUUUUUCUUUCAAUCGACGCAGCUCGAUUUGGACGUAGCUCGGAAUGAAUGAUCGUGGCUACGAGAAGAUGGUGGAACAAGCGAGAGAGACGUAGGAAUGAUCGGGAGAGGCUGAAUGCUUCAUUCGAUGGCAUGAAUUUGUGUCUUACGGAGGGUAUGCCGCUGAAAGAGGGUAUCAAUCGAGGUGCUAGAAUUCGUGAACGUUUUUCUUGUAGUUUUUAUCUGUUUGUUAUUUGUUUUCUUGCGUCCAUUUUUGUUGUUGAGUUUGACAGUUUGUUGCCUCUCUUUGUGUCAUUGGGUAUGGUUGGAUCUAUGAGAAUAGUUAUGGCUGUGUCAAGCCCACUACAUGGUUAGCGUUUCGUGUUGCUCUCUCAGGGGUGACCGUCACAAAGUCUCACCAUAGGGUUACAGUGGUAGUUGUUGGAGUUUCAGUUGGUGUCUGUUUUAUUUUCUCUUUGCUUGAUGUAAUGAUCAUGAAUCUUUUGAUAUGAAUAGAGGCAUGUUUUGAUGAUAAAAAAAAAGAAACGCGUAUUAGUAUUAAAUCACUGUAUUGGUAGUACGAAUACAAGAAGUCUGCAUUGAG